UGUGCCUCGAGAUCUGCGCCGCGCGUGCUGCGAUAGCGGGGACGUGGUUGGCUGUGUUUCUUGCUGGUGUUCGCGUAGCAGAGAACACCACGAUGGGCAAUCGUUCGCGAGUCGUGUCCCGGCGUCUAUCCUGCUGUCUCACUGCCAGACGCACAUCGACUACUCGACGAACCUCUGCUGACGCUUUGAUGCAGCAUCGAAAAGGAGCCAGAGAUCUCUCCCACCACCGUCCCCCCAGCUCCUCCCCCAAAAGACCCGCAGCACCAGCCUCGCAAGCCUCCCACCUGGGACGGCGCCGUCUCGAACGACUUCCGCGACUAUCGAAAGGACCUUGCCGUGUUGCAGACCUCGGGAGGAAGGGUACCCUCCAUAUCGCGCAUCCCACCGACUGCUUCGAGCGCGAACUCCAACCCACCGUGGGCAUCGUCCGGCCCCAAUGGUGGUACGAACAUGGCGAACAGUGUCUGGAGCAGCUUCCUCAACGAUUCAGACAACGAAGAUGUGGCCCAGUUGUCACCUGCCUUCGCUCCAACCGGCGGCAACUCUAGAGAAGACGCUGUUGCUUUCCCAGGGGACAAUCGCAGACCUUCUGUCGCAAGCGCCUUGACGGUCAGCAGUAGUGGAUCAAAGUCGAGCUUUAGCAGAGGAUUUCACAAGAAGUUGCAAAACGUGUUUGGCGAAGACUUUCCUGGUGAUGGUCGUCAAAACUCAGACUCAAGCUUGAAUGGGAGGUCGCAAAUCACAGAGACACAGUCCCUGCAUGCACCUCGAAAUCGUGGCAACUCGCUGAACAACACUUUUGGCAAUGGCGGCUACAACUCGAGACCUACUUCCCCCACCAGCUCGCGGCCACGGACACCACAGCCUUCUUCGGAAGUUACGCCCUGGGAGUUUCAGGCACCUCAGGAUGCUCCCUCCUCGACAGAGAAUGGGCGCAGAAGAUCUUCUGAGCAAGCAUCCACCAAAUCAGGUCAUCGCGCGCACAAGAUAACCUCACGACUGCCUGGACACCGACACCAUCGUAGCAAAGAAGAAAAUAAGACAGCACCCGACAGUCGAGGCGACAUCAGCGUCCCGUACCCUUUGCGACCUGCCACCAGCCGCGAGGACUCAUAUAGUGCGCGUCGAAACCAACCGCAACCAUCAACUUUCAAUUCUGCAUUCGCUUCGAAGACGAGUCUCGUACCGCGCCCAUCGAGUCCAACACCAAGCACUUACUCGGAGAUGACACAACAUUCUGUAGCUCAACAGUCACAAUCACCUAGCACGACCAAAGGUCCUGGCCGAUUCUUUGCGCGCUUACGCGGAAAGGACAAGACAGAGCAUCACCCGGCAGUGGACAAUCUCAAGAACAUGCUAGCUGGAUCGUCACAGAUAUCUCUGCCUUCCUCCAUAAAUGGUCCACCAUCAGCACGUGCAGAUCCUAACCAGCCCUCUUUCACAUCGAAGAAGAAGUCUACGUUCGAACAAUUGAAGGGUCCCAGUAAUGUUGCAAAGGAUAGUAAGAAAGAGCACAGGCGGUUGCCAUUCAAGUCUUCAGACAGGCGCCAAAUGUCACACGCGGAACCCAGAGGGAAAGACCCAAACGAAGCCAAAGCGGAUGCCACGGGUAAUGAAGCCAUGUGGUUCCUGGACACGAAGCUGGACGACAUGAGCGGCAUCGUGAACCCGCAACAACCUCCAAUGACGCCCCCAACCGGCGACGUACAGCAUACAGCGCUGGCUGGAGAUGAUGAGCCCGGGCCAAAGGACGACACAUGGGACGCACCUGAUUCAUGGGCUGUGAAGAGGCUCGAUGAAUUGCGGGAACAAUCAAUCGACGAACCUGAAGAAGCGGCGAGGGAACAGAACGACACGAGAACCUACUGUUUGCGCAUAUUCAGGGCUGACUCCACGUUUGCGACCUUGUCUGCUACACUCAAUACAACCGUUGCAGAAAUCAUCCAGAUACUUGGCAAGAAAACUGUACUCCAGGAUGAGCUGGACAAUUACCACAUCGUGAUGCGGAAACAUGACACCUCGCGGCAGCUGGAAUCGAACGAGCGACCGUUGCUCAUACAGAAACGCCUCCUGGAGCAAGCUGGAUACUCGGAGGCGGAUCGUCUGGAAGACGUUGGGCGAGAAGACAACAGCUACCUUUGCAGGUUUACAUUCUUGCCAGCCAAGAUGAGCGGCUUCUCAAGCCUUGAGAAGGAUCCGGGCUUCAAGCAAAUGCAAAAAUUCAGCCAUAUCGACCUCCAGGGCAAGAACCUGAUCACUAUCCCUAUCACUCUGUACCAGAAGGCCACCGAGAUCAUUUCCCUGAAUCUGUCACGAAACCUUUCCCUCGACGUUCCGAAGGAUUUCAUCCAGGCUUGUACGAAUCUCAGGGAGAUUAAAUACACCAGCAAUGAUGCCAGAAGACUACCUCCCAGUCUGAGUAUGGCAAGUCGACUCACCAUGCUCGACAUAUCCAACAACUGCCUCCAGACACUUGACAGGGCAGAACUACAGAAGCUACAGAGUUUGCAAGGCCUUCGACUAUCGAACAACGGACUUACGUCUCUACCAUCUUAUUUUGGGCAGUAUCGUGCUCUUCGCAGCUUGAACCUCAGUUCCAACUCUCUGACGGAGUUCCCCGAUUUCUUGUGCGAAGUGCGCACGCUCGUUGACCUCGACAUCAGCUUCAACUCGAUAGGCAGUCUUCCAAAGAUUGGACAAUUGACGUGUUUAGAAAGGUUAUGGGCAACCAACAACAAGCUGUCUGGUAGCUUCCCUCCCACACUGAGCAACCUGAUCAAUCUACGAGAAGUGGAUGUGCGUUUCAAUGCUGUUGACAGCAUGGACGUCAUGUCACAACUGCCACGCCUUGAAUUCCUUAUGAUUGGACACAACUCAAUAUCUGCUUUCGAAGGGUACUUCCCCAAGAUCCGCGUUCUACACAUGAACCACAACCCUGUUACACGUUUCGGUUUGAGCGGACCCGUACCGUCCUUGACUGUACUGAACCUUGCAUCUGCCAAGCUAGCUCAGUUGCCAGAGGAUCUGUUCCAGAAGCUCACGGGACUCACGAAGCUUAUCUUGGACAAGAAUCACUUUACAUCGCUUUCGAACAACAUCGGCAGGCUGUACAGGCUGGAGCAUCUGAGUGUUGCGCGAAAUUCUUUGGAUGAGCUGCCGGCCGAGAUUGGACGUCUUGUGGAGCUGCGUUAUCUGGACGUGCGAGAGAACAAUCUCGGGCGACUCCCACCUGAGAUUUGGUACGCACGACGUUUGGAGACGCUCAAUGUAUCCUCAAACGUGCUGGACGCCUUCCCGAAGCCAAGUGCAGCGCCACCAGUAGAGGCCAACAGCGGCAUACAGUUGGACGGAUCCCACUCGAUAUCAACACCAAGUCUGGGAUCAAGCCCCAGCUACGAAGAGCUCGGCAAGCUGGAAGAUUUCCAAAACCGUCGCCCUAGUCAGGCAUCAGGUGGUUAUCUCAGUUCAGGCACUUCGCCGGCAUCUUCGAAUCGAAAGGGAUCAAUGGCCUUUUUCAACACCGCCAGCACAGCACGCAAGCCAUCAGCGGCGUCCCGGGCGCCUACUGAAGGCACACUCGCACCAAUGUCUCGCAAAGACUCUAGCCUAUCUAGUAGACUGGUCACGACAUUUGCUGGCUCUUUGCGACAUCUAUUCCUAGCCGACAAUAGACUCGAGGACAAUGUGUUCGACGAGCUCUGCUUGCUGCCCGAGCUGAGGAUAGUCAACCUGGCUUACAACCUGAUAUACGAUAUUCCUCCACGCACGAUCAGGAGGUGGCAGCAUCUUGCUGAGCUCUAUCUCUCAGGUAACGAUCUGACGUCCUUGCCGUCAGAGGACCUGGAAGAGGUGGGCUCGCUCAAGGUACUCCACAUCAACAACAACAAGUUCCAAGUGCUUCCCGCCGAACUUGGUAAGGUUGCGCAGCUCGCUGUCCUGGAUGUUGCCAGCAAUUCAUUGAAGUACAACGUCUCCAACUGGCCAUACGAUUGGAACUGGAAUUGGAACCACAAACUCAGAUACCUCAACCUGUCAGGCAACAAGCGACUUGAAAUCAAACCUAGCGGUUCAUACAGCGGGAGCGGAGUUGCCAUGCGGGAGGGCCGCGAUUUAACAGACUUCACUGCACUCGUCAGCCUGCAGGUUCUCGGACUGAUGGACGUUACCAUGAUGAUCCCGUCUGUACCUGAGCAGACGGAAGACAGGAGAGUGCGAACAGCAGGGUCUGCUGUUGGUACCAUGGCUUACGGCAUGGCGGACAGCUUGGGCAGAACAGAGCACAUUUCUACCAUGGAUAUGGUCGUACCUCGCUUCCGCAGCCACGAUGACGAGCAAGUGCUGGGCUUGUUCGAUGCCCAGCCACUCGCUGGGGGGGGAUCUAAGAUCGCCAAGUUCUUGUACGACCACUUCAAGAAUCGGUUCGCCGAUGAGCUGGACCGUUUGCGACCGAACGAGAACCCAGUCGAUGCGUUGCGACGUACCUAUCUAGGUCUCAACAAAGAGUUGGCUACAGCUGCCUCUCAGUCGCUGGACAAGAACGCCUACACGCCGCCAACACAGCCCAGAGGCGCCGUGCCUGAGCUUGGAGACGAUGAUCUGACCUCCGGCUGCGUGGCCACGGUCAUGUACCUGAAGGGGAUGGAGCUCUACAUGUCUAACGUUGGCGAUGCACAAGCGUUGCUGAUUCGGUCAGAGGGCGGGCACAAGAUUCUCACACGAAAGCAUGAUCCUGCUGAGCCCAGCGAGCGGGCAAGAAUCAGAGAAGCCGGUGGUUUCGUCUCACGCCAAGGCAAGCUGAACGAUGUCCUCGAAGUAUCGCGAGCCUUUGGCUACGUGCAGAUGUCUCCGUCUGUCAUUGCGUCGCCACACAUCAUCAACCUGACAUUGGGCGACACGGAUGAGAUGAUCCUAGUAGCUUCUCGAGAACUGUGGGAAUACCUCACACCGGACUUUGCUGUUGAUGUGGCACGAUCUGAGCGCAAUGAUCUUAUGCGAGCUGCUCAAAAGCUUCGAGAUCUUGCGAUUGCAUUUGGUGCUACCAACAAGAUUCACGUCAUGCUGCUUGGGGUCAGCGACCUGAAGAGCAAACAGCGGGCCCGAUUCCGCACGCACAGUAUGUCUAUGGGACCUACUGGCUCGCCAGACGACUUCGCUAUCAACCGUAGGCCAGGAAAGAGGGCCAGGAACAUGGUUGGUGAUUCAAAGCUUGCUCGACUCGACCAAGAAGUGGAUGCACCAACGGGCGAAGUCAGCUUGGUGUUCACUGAUAUCAAGAGUUCGACUUUGCUCUGGGAGACAUAUCCCAUUGCUAUGAGAUCUGCAAUCAAAAUGCACAAUGAGCUCAUGCGUCGACAGCUACGCAUCAUUGGUGGUUACGAGGUCAAGACUGAAGGUGAUGCGUUCAUGGUUGCCUUCCGGACCGUAACAUCGGCCUUGCUGUGGUGCUUCACAAUCCAGAGUCAACUCUUGGAAGUGCAGUGGCCGCAAGAGAUUCUCAACAGCGUGAACGGGCAAGAAGUGGUCGACGCCGAUGGCAAUGUCAUAUUCCGUGGUCUCUCUGUCCGCAUGGGUAUCCACUGGGGCCGGCCUGUGUGCGAAGUUGACCCAGUCACCAAACGUAUGGAUUACUUCGGACCUAUGGUCAAUCGGGCUUCACGUAUCUCAUCCGUGGCCGACGGAGGGCAAAUAACGGUUUCCUCCGACUUCAUCGCUGAAAUUCAACGCCUUCUUGAAACGCACAUCGAAGGUGACCGUAGCAACUCCACCGGCUCAGAAGAAGCGUACGGCGACGAUAUCCACAGCCAGCUUAUUAGGCAGGAACUGCGAUCUCUUAGCAGCCAGGGUUUCGAAGUCAAAGACCUCGGUGAACGCCGCCUCAAGGGUCUCGAAAACCCGGAGUACAUCUACCUGAUGUACCCACAUUCUCUCGCCAGCCGUCUCGUCGUGCAGCGCCAACUUGAGCAACAAGCAGCGCCACCCGCUCAGGAGUCAUCGAUCGGUCAGAAAAUGCCAGGCAGCCAGCUCACGAUUGAUACAGAGGACGUAUGGGAUCUAUGGAAUAUCAGUUUGCGUCUGGAGAUGUUGUGCAGUACUCUUGAGAACCCGGGGAGUUCGGAGCUCAAGGCGCCUGAGACAGCAUUGCUCGAGCGCAUGAAGAACAGGGGUGGGGAGAUCACAGAUCGAUUCCUGAUAAACUUCGUCGAACAUCAGAUCUCGAGAAUCGAGUCGUGUGCUACUACGCUUGCCCUGCGACACAUGAUGCGGCCCUUCGGCUCUGCGCCACUGCUACAACAGGCUUGCCAUAUGGGCGACAUCUUCUCUGAACUUGAAGCGAAGUUGAAACGCCUCGAGCAAUUCGAGCAAGAGGCGAUGGCAGACAUGGCACCCUCAUGAGCGCAUCUACACCAUUAUUCUCAUCCAUACACAAUACUACGUCAACAACUGAGCUGACGCAUGAUGACCACGACACGUACACCAACACACUUACCGACUACCUUUCCUAAUUGACACGUUCAUGCUCGCCGAAGCGGACCAGCUCGAGCUCUGUACCAUCACAUCAUUACGCUACUUUAUACUGCCCUAGUGGCAUCACCAUCAGGCUCACGAUUCGCAUUCUGGGGGCAAUUGAAUAGCAUACUUGGGUUCUUCUGGCGUUUGCAGCUUGCUCUUUUGGGUCAGCGGGGACUUGGUUCUUCUGCGCAUAUUGGAGGCUAUCAGUUAUCCUUAGGCUACAUUUCGAACGGAGGCAUUGUCUUUCACGGUUCCCUCACGGCCGCUGCAGUUUUACAUUCGUGCUUUGUUAAGUCUCGAGGUCUCAAGGCUUGUGAUACACACUGUU